AGCAGCAGUGAGAGAUGAUAAUGCAGCAAGCAAUCGCUGUCUCUCCGUCGUCUUAUUCCAGUCGUCUCUGCAAUGCUCUCUCUCUCACCUAAAUGCAGCUUUCUCUCUCUUCAUUACUGCAAUUCCUGGUGAAGCUUCUUCCGUUUUGGCAUGAAGCCCUCACAGCUCCUCCGACGAGUUCUCCGGUCGAACUGAAGAGUGAAGAGGUUAGGUUUUUCUAUCAAGAGAAAGUAGGUUUAAGUACCAUAAUUUAGGGAGAUAUCGAGAGCCAUGGCCUCGAGCAGAUGGGAUCAAAGAUUCAUCCAAUCAGCUUCAUCACCAUCUGAGGAUUCAGCUUUGGAUUUGGAGAGGAACCAUCGUUGCAAUCACAUGAGUCUUCUAUCGUCUUCAAGCCCAUCUCCCCCUCAGCCAUUCACACCCAAUACCCAACACGCAGAGAGCAAUGCCCCGUUUUUCUCGUGGCCAACUCUAAGCAGGCUGAACGAUUCUGCAGAAGACCGAGCUAACUACUUUGGAAAUCUUCAGAAAGGGGUUUUGCCUGAAACAGUCGGCCAGUUGCCAUCCGGACAGCAAGCCACCACCUUGCUCGAACUCAUGACAAUAAGAGCGUUCCAUAGCAAAAUCUUGCGAUGUUUCAGCCUCGGAACAGCAGUUGGGUUUCGGAUACGUCGUGGUGUUCUGACAAACAUUCCGGCCAUCCUCGUCUUCGUGGCUAGGAAAGUCCAUAGGCAGUGGCUUAAUCCACUGCGGUGUCUUCCAUCUGCCCUUGAGGGUCCUGGAGGGGUAUGGUGCGAUGUAGACGUUGUGGAAUUCGAAUAUUACGGUGCCCCGGCUGCAACACCCAAAGAACAGGUGUAUAAUGAACUUGUGGAUGGCUUGAGAGGAAGUGAUCCCUUCAUUGGCUCUGGUUCUCAGGUUGCAAGCCAAGAAACAUAUGGAACAUUGGGUGCUAUAGUGAAAAGUAGAACAGGUAACCGACAGAUCGGUUUCCUCACUAACCGGCAUGUAGCGGUUGAUUUGGAUUAUCCAAGCCAGAAAAUGUUCCAUCCUUUACCUCCAAGCCUCGGGCCCGGUGUCUACCUUGGCGCCGUCGAGAGAGCAACCUCGUUUAUCGCCGAUGAUCUUUGGUACGGCAUAUUUGCUGGAAUCAACCCAGAAACAUUUGUGAGGGCAGACGGGGCAUUCAUUCCAUUUGCAGAAGAUUUCAACAUGAACAACGUGACCACGAUGGUAAAGGGCAUAGGCGAGAUAGGCGAUGUGCACAUCAUAGACUUACAAUCCCGGGUCGAUAGUCUUAUAGGACAACAAGUUGUUAAAGUCGGGAGGAGCUCGGGAUUGACCACAGGAACCAUAAUGGCUUACGCUUUGGAAUACAACGACGAGAAAGGGAUCUGUUUCCUCACGGAUUUUCUUGUCAUUGGCGAGAACCAGCAAACUUUUGACCUCGAAGGUGACAGUGGAAGCCUUAUACUCUUAACCGGCCGAGAAAGGGAAAAACCUCGACCAGUUGGGAUCAUCUGGGGAGGAACAGCUAACCGAGGUAGACUGAAGCUAAAAGCCGGGCAAGAACCCGAGAAUUGGACCAGCGGAGUUGAUCUUGGUCGCCUUCUCGAUCUCUUGGAGCUUGAUCUCAUCACAUCUGUUGACGGGCUUGAAGCGGCUACCCGAGAACAGAGGAAUGCAUCGGCUACAGCCAUUUGUUCAACAGUUAGCGAGUCAUCCCCACCCGAACCAGUUUUGUCACAAGGCAAAGCAUACGAGGCCUUUGAUCCAUUUAUCCCGAGCGAGUUCCGUAUAGAUGAUGUCAUCAAACCGAGAUCCGAUGUCGUAGAGGAACGUUUGUUCAUCGUUCCUAGCUCGUGGAACGCAUCUGCUUCCGUGGCCGUGAAAAGGGACGAGAAAAUUGGGUCGGAGAAUCUUUCAUCGUUAAAGAACGGUUCGGAUGAAGAGCUUAACGUCUCGUUGCGUUUGGGAGGGGAGCCCAAAUCAAAGAAACCAAAAGUUGGCAACUAAAGCCGAAGCAGUGGAUGAGGUAUAACCGGAUUCCGGUUUAUUCGGGUUUGGUUGGUAUUUUGAUAUCUUACGUAAACCGUCAGGUCCUGAAACGUCGCGUUGUAAUUGUGGAUAAAUAAUAAAUAUAUAAUUAUUAUUCUUUA